UUUCGAGAGUCGACAGUCGCCCUGCUCCGCCCUGCUCCCCCAGGUUCCUCUUGUUCCAGACCAUUCGUCACCCUGGUAACAGCCGACAUGAAGGUCCUCGUCGUGGCCGCGUCCCUCCUGGUGCUGGUGGCCGCUCUUAAGCCCCAGCGCGACGACGGCUACGAGCCAGAGCCCGCCCCCGGCUCAGGUUCCGGUUCCGGCUCGGGUUCCGGCUCGGGCUCAGGCGGCGGCUCUGGCUCCGGCUCUGGCUCCGGCUCCGGUUCUGGCGGUAUCGGCGGUGGAAGCAUCGGUGGCGGUAGCGGCGGCGGCCAUGGACACAGCUUCAGCCAUCGCAUCCCUGGCUUCGGCGGCAUUGGCGGAAGCAUCAGCGGGGGCAUCAUCGGCGGCGGCGGUGGCGGUAGCAUCGGCGGUGGUUCCGGAGGCUCUGGUAUCGGCGGCGGUUCCGGAGGCUCUGGCAUCGGUGGCGGUUCCGGCAUUGGCGGUGGUUCCGGAGGCUCUGGCAUCGGCGGCGGUUCCGGCAUUGGCGGUGGUUCCGGAGGCUCUGGCAUCGGCGGCGGUUCCGGCAUUGGCGGUGGUUCCGGAGGCUCUGGCAUCGGCGGUGGUUCCGGCAUUGGCGGUGGUUCCGGAGGCUCUGGCAUCGGCGGUGGUUCCGGCAUCGGCGGCGGCUCCGGCGGCAUCGACGGUGGUUCCGGCAGUGGGUCUGGGUCUGGAUCCGGCUCUGGAUCUGGCUCUGGAUCUGGAUCUGGCUCCGGCUCGGGAUCUGGGUCUGGUAGCGGUGGGUACCCCGUCAACAUCCCCAUCGGGGCCCCGACCAUCAAACCCUCUGAGUACUUCGACGCCUACAUCAAGGCCUACAAGCUGUGCAAGGAGUCGUGCAGCCACAAGAAGUGUAUCGAGAUCUUCUCUUCGUUCAAGCCCAAGCCUCCCCCAUACUAGAGGCCGCGCAGCACGGCUUGGUCUGAGCCAUCGUGAUCUGAACCAUCGUGGUCUGAACCAUCGUGGUCUGAACAAGGCGCCAAUCCGAGGGAAUCAAUGGACUGUCCCACGUCCCGUCCGAAACACACGACUCGCAUGAAAGGUUGCCCGUAGAUACUGUGUACAUUGUUCCGAAUGAAUAAACUACUUAUUCCGUA